GAAGAGAAGAGAGUCCGUGUUAGUUGACGUCCCUUGCCGUCAAACCUUCAACUCGCUUACUUAAAAGGAUCGUUGGCUCUUCAUCUCUGGCGAAUCGCAAAUCGCAAAUCGCAAAUCGCAAAUAGCAAAUCGAGGAGCUUUGAAUGUACAAACGAUCACCAAAGAGCUUUUAAUGGCGAAUUUGAAGAGUUACAGAACAACUACUCAGAUUUGACAGUUUGUGAAAUCAAAAUGACGGACAAGAAGAAAGGUGUUCAGGCUCUCCUACUCGGUAGAUACGAGAUCGGAAAGCUUCUUGGCCAUGGAACCUUUGCUAAGGUCUACAACGCGAGGAAUGUCAAAACUGGAGAAAUCGUUGCGAUCAAAGUUCUCGAUAAGGAGAAAAUCCUCAAAGGAGGAUUGGUUGCUCACAUCAAACGCGAGAUCUCGAUCUUUCGCCGUGUUCGACAUCCCAAUAUCGUACAACUCUUUGAGGUUAUGGCGACGAAGGCCAAGAUCUACUUUGUGAUGGAGUAUGUCAAGGGAGGUGAGUUAUUCAAUAAGGUCGCUAAAGGUCGAUUGAAAGAGGAGGUUGCGAGAAAGUAUUUCCAGCAACUUAUCUCUGCUGUCGGAUUCUGCCAUGUUAGAGGUGUUUACCACCGUGAUCUGAAGCCGGAAAAUCUGUUGUUAGAUGAAAAUGGGGAUCUUAAGGUCUCUGAUUUUGGGCUUAGCGCUGUAUCAGAUCAGAUGAGGCAGGACGGAUUGUUCCACACCUUCUGUGGAACACCUGCUUAUGUAGCCCCUGAAGUUCUAGCUCGAAAGGGGUAUGAUGCAGCGAAGGUGGAUAUUUGGUCUUGUGGAGUGAUUUUGUUUGUUUUAAUGGCUGGUUAUCUUCCAUUUCAUGAUCAGAACAUUAUGCAGAUGUAUAAGAAAAUCUAUAAAGGUGAGUUCCGGUGCCCUAGAUGGUUCUCCCCUGAGCUCAUCCGUCUCCUUUCUCGUCUCCUCGAUACAAAUCCAGAGACAAGAAUCACUAUUCCUGAAAUAAUGGAGAAUCGGUGGUUCAAAAAAGGUUUCAAACACAUUAAAUUCUACAUUGACAACGAUCGCCUCUGCAGCUUUCAAGAUGAAGAUGUGGAAUCGUCGUCGGAACAAUCCGUAUCUGAAUCCGAAUCAGAAUCGGAAACACCCAGAAUCCCCAUUCCUGGGUUGCCCAGACCUGCUAGUUUGAAUGCUUUUGAUAUCAUUUCGUUCUCCCCUGGAUUUGAUCUAUCUGGGUUGUUCGAAGAGAGAGGAGAGGAAGCAAGAUUUGUUUCUGGUGCUCCAGUGCCGAAGAUUAUAUCAAAAUUGGAGGAGAUUGCUAAGGUUGUUAGCUUCACAGUACGGAAGAACGAUUGUCGUGUAAGCUUAGAAGGAUCAAGAGAAGGUGUUAAGGGGCCAUUGACGAUAGCAGCUGAGAUAUUUGAAUUAACACCUUCAUUGAGGGUUGUAGAAGUUAAGAAGAAAGGAGGGGACAUGGAAGAGUAUGAAGAUUUCUGUAACAGAGAACUGAAGCCCGUGAUGGAGAACCUUCUGAUCGAUGAUUCUACAGUUCCUCCUGAUCUCCCUUCUGAUACAGAGUAGAGAAAAUAAAUACAGAAAAAAUAAAAAAAAUAAAAAUUUUAAAAUUUCUUUUCUAGUUACUAUUGUAUCAUAUAUUUUAUUUUCUUCGAUUUGGUCUCUUUGUGUAUAAUCAUUCUGAGUUAUCAGGAAUCAUUAUAUGUUAUAUAAUUAUGCAGUUGGUGCCUUAAACUAGAACCCCUUUAUAGUGGGGGAAGAUAAUGUCCUUGUUAAUUAUAUCUUCCACUACCACAUCAUCUAUGUUAUCAAUUAGGAUGGUUUUGACGUUGUUGUG